AUGGCUGAAGAGCUAAAGGAGAUUGUUGACCAGGCCAGGAUACAGUUUAUGGCACAAGUGCAGAGCAUGAAAUCAUUUGUUUCGAUGUUUCAAAAUGUUACUCCAAACAUACAGUCUGAAAUUAAAGAAGAAUCCGACCCAUGGUCAGCUCAGAAACCUAAUGAUGCGGAUUCAGAAGCUAGGAGAGAAGAGACGAUGGAUUUAUCUCCGACGGAUACAGAUUCCCACUCCGAUAGCUCAAAACAGUCACCGAUUGAUUCAUCUGGAGCUGAAAAUUUAAAUUAUUUGCCCACGUCGAAGAGUUCUGCCGUUCAAACGAGGUUGGGAUGCUCGAUCCAAAUAGAUUCUUCGCAACAUUCUCCAGACACCGAUUCUGCAUCCCAAACCCCAAGUAGCGUGAAUUCCAGUCCGGUGCAUUCCCCUGAAAACGCUCGUUUGGAAGAUGGGAAAGUGAAUAAUGAAACGCAAUCAGGACUGCUAGAUGUUUGUAAAUUGGAACCCAGUGCUAGCAGCCAUACGUUUCAGAAUCUCAAAAUAGAUGUCAAUGACGGGAUUAUUGCCGCUAAUGCUUCAUUUAGAAGUUUUGAUGAAUUUGAAGCAGUGUUCAAUGUAUGGAAAGAUACGUAUCUGCAUCCUUUCCGAGUUGCGAGCUCUGAACAAUUAAGGAAUGCCGAUGGUACAGUUGAUGAAGUUUUCAGAUACAAAUAUAUUGUAUAUCAUUGUGCGCAUUACGGGAAACCGAGGAUGAGGGGUAAGAAGGUUUUUCUUGUUUUGAAUGCAAUUGAAACGAUGGUACAUGAAGAGGGUAUGAAAAAGAAAAAGAGGAAAAAGGAAUGA